AGCUAUCCAGGUAGCAAGAGAAGCUCGUCAACUGUGUGCCUUAGGUGGUCUUAGACUUCACAAAUUCAUUUCAAAUGACAAAGUUGUACUGAAUAGCAUUCCAACUUCGGAACGAGCAACUGGAGUAAAGGCGCUUGAACUCAACUUUGAUGACAUGCCUUUAGAGAGAGCUUUAGGGAUCCACUGGCAUGUUGAUUCUGACAACUUCAGAUUCUCUGUUGACCUCAAAGACCAGCCAGCAACACGUCGUGGCUUACUAUCCACAGUUGCGUCUCUGUAUGAUCCCCUAGGCUUUAUUGCUCCUUUCCUGCUCAGUGGAAAAUUGGUGCUUCAGGAAAUGUGCAGAAACGGAACUGGUUGGGAUGACCCCCUUCCUAAAGAAUUGCAGUCAAGUUGGGAGCAUUGGAAAGCUGAUCUCGUGAACUUGGAAAAAAUCUGCAUAUCCCGCUGCUAUGUGCCUGCAAACUUUGGAAAGGUUGUCAAAAGGGAGCUGCAUCACUUCUCUGAUACGAGCAACAGCGGAUAUGGCCAGUGUACCUAUUUGAGAUCAAUAAGUGAAGAAGGAAACAUACAUUGUGCCCUGGUCAUUGGUAAAUCCAGAGUUGCUCCCAUCAAGGUCCAGACUAUUCCGAGGCUUGAACUGACAGCUGCUGUCAUCUCAGUUGCCAUGAGCAAUAUGCUUAAACAGGAGCUGGAUUAUGCGGACAUAGAAGAGCACUUCUGGACUGACUCUCAAGUGGUGUUGGGAUACAUUAACAACGAAGCACGUCGCUUUCACACAUUUGUAGCGAACAGAGUGCAGAAGAUACAUCUCAGCACUACUCCUCAACAGUGGAAAUAUGUUCCCACUAAUGAAAACCCUGCUGACCAUGCAUCAAGAGGUUUAAACACUAAUGAGAUUCUAACAUCCAAUUGGUUGACAGGGCCAGAUUUCCUGUGGAAGAAGGAUAAACCUCCUGUGGCAAAUAUUGACAUAGCACUAACGAUUGGAGAUCCUGAAGUCAGACAGGCUCAGACACUGAGUUCACAUACAACAGAAGUCUGUCUCUCAGAUCGCUUGUCAAAGCUGUCUUCAUGGUCUGGAGUUGUCCAAGCUGUGGCUCGCCUCAUUCGCAGAGCAAAGGAGACAAAUCCAACAGUUACAGAAGCUCAGAAGACCAACCGAAGAACAAAGAAUGGCCAAUCUCCCACCAGGCGUACAAAUCCAUCCCCACCAUUCACAUAUUGUGGUAUGGACUGCUUUGGACCCUUUAUCACUAAACAGGGUCGAAGGGAGAAUAAAAGAUACAGCCUCAUCUUCACAUGUUUCAGCUCUAGAGCUAUUCAUAUCGAAAUGCUGGACAAUAUGUCUACCGAUGCUUUCAUCAAUGGUUUGCGCUGUUUUAUUGCAUUGCGUGGAGCAGUGCGCCAAAUUAAAUGUGACCAAGGCACCAACUUUGUAGGAGCCAAGAAUGAGCUGAAAAAUGCUCUUAAGGAGAUUGAUGCUGAUCGACUGACUGUGUUCUUAGCUGAGAAGCAGUGCGACUUUGUCCUAAAUGCACCCCAUGCAAGUCAUACUGGUGGGGUAUGGGAGAGCAAAUCAGAACAGUGA